UACCAGUCUUCCUCCCUUCGCCACAGACUCUGUGGUGCCUUGCAUCCUCUCUCCUUCGUGUCCCCUUCCCUUUGGACUCCUUGCAUCUUCCAGGUCGUGCCUUUAGUGCACAAGAUCGCAAGAGAUUUCUGGGCUCAUGUUGGACUCCGUGCGCUUGUCAUCUCCCUUGAGGCCUCUUAUCACUAAAGUUUCGGAUGUUUUGUUGUUGACUGUGUCAUGGUGUAGGUCUCUUGCAUCAAAGUUUUUGCGACUACGAGAUUUGCACGCAACUUUUUUUCUCUCGCUUUUAAAGCCUCAGAAGCGCAGUCCUCAACUUCUCAAGCAAUUCCUGGUAAGUCCUUGUCCAUGCAACGGGCCGGUUCCUCGUCUCUGGGAAGGUUCGUACUCUUCAGCCGAGUAGUCAAACGAAAUUGAACUCGCUCCUGUCUCGCUUGGUUGACACGGCUUCACUUGCUACCGCUAAGACCCCGCCGAGUUAUCGACCAUUAGUUCGCC